CAUAAUAGGAAACAAAAAUAUAAACACAGGUGUCAAUUAGAACAGUUAUGAUGCAUUUAUAUGCAUCGUCCGUAGUAAUUAAUUCAAUCUUAUUUUCAUCAUUCUUCAAUCUUCUUCUCUCUACUCUUAUCCACAAUACAUAACAUAACCCACUUUCUCCAUGGACCAAUCAUGCCAAAAUUCCCCUCUUCAUUUGGAAGUGUGUGAUUUGGAGAAUAUGGCAGAACAGUGUCAAAAUAGUAUUGAUGAUGAUGAUGAGUUCUUAAGAAACAUAUUCCUUCAACAACCUGAAGAAGCAAAGUCAUCUUCUGAAAGUGAAAAUCAAUUACAAUAUCUGCAACUACAGAACAACAACAAUAGAUCAGAGAAAAGGGUUCACAAUUCAAAGAUGACAACUCCGAGAACAUUCAUAAUCUCUUUUGAUAAAUCCACAAUAAUACCAGCAGCAACAGUAGAAGUUGAAGAAGAACCUAAUAAACGAAUGGAGAGAAGAAGUGGUUCAAAAUUACCUAAUUCGCCUUUGUCAGAAAAUAAAAAAAGUAUGGAUUCAAAAUCAAAAGCAAAUCAAGGAGGAAAGAAAAGCAGAAGCGAUUCUCAGUAUUUGGAUCAUAUUAUAGCAGAGAGAAAACGGAGAUUGGAACUUACACAGAAGUUCAUUGCACUUUCUGCCACCAUACCUGGCUUGAAGAAGACGGACAAGACCACAAUACUUGGCGAAGCAAUCAGUUAUGUGAAAGUACUUAAAGAACGUGUGAGGGAGCUUGAGGAACGAAACAAGAUGAAGACAGAAUCAACAAUAAUCCUGAAUAAGAAUGAUUUUUGUUCAAAUGACACAAAUUUAGAGGAUUGGUGUGAAUUGCUCCCUGAUGUUAAAGUAAGAGUGUUGGAAAAUGAGGUACUUAUUGAGAUCCACUGUGAGAAGCAAAAUGGAAUUGAGAUCAAAAUAUUGGACUUGCUUGAAAAUAAUCUUCAUCUGCUUGUGACUGCCAGCAGUGUAUUGCCUUUUGGUAAUUCAACUCUUGGCAUUACUAUUAUCGCUCAGAUGGGUGUGGCGUACAAAGUGACGGUGAAUGAUCUGGUGAAACCCCUUCGUCAACUGCUUCUGAAUAUCAGAACCAACAAAACUGAUCCGUACUAGUGUAUCAAUUAUUCAUUUUCUUUUUCAAACUUUGAACAUCUAAAUGUUCUCAUCAAAAUCAGAUCGUACAAAUUUGAAGUUCAAUCCAUUUCUUCAACAUUUUCAUAUUCCUUUGGCACAAAGGAUAAACUAAGGUUGGUUUCCCCUUAUUACUGUUGCUUAUUUCCCUAAUGCUCUACAUACAAUGAUGGUGCAGACUCUAUUAACGUGUGCCGCAUGUUUAAUGAUGAAUUGGUGCACCAUCAGUCCCUGACCCUCUUAAUGUGUUAAAAACAAGUGGUUGAUAUGAAUGACUAACGUCUAUGUCACGGUAGAUAUGAAUGAUUAA